ACUGAAUUUUAUCCUUACCCAAUGGAUUUUUCAGGGCAUUUUCAUUAAAUACAAAAGUGUUUCAUGAGUCAUCAGAGCUUCGGUUUUGCCCUAAACUCUCCAGCAAUGGAGUCCGACAUUCAAGUUUCAGGUCAAUGGCAGCUGGUAAUGAGCCGGGUGCAUGGGUUCCAAAAUCAGUGCCGGUUCAGGUCGCCCAUGAGCUUCAUAAUGCAGGCCACCGCUAUCUUGAUGUUAGGACAGUCGAAGAGUUCAAUGCUGGCCAUGUUGAAGGGGCAAUAAACAUCCCCUACAUGUUCCGUGUAGGAGCAGGAAUGAAAAAGAACCCAAAUUUCUUGGAGGAAGUAUCAGCACAGCUUGGACAGGAUGAUGAGAUAAUCAUUGGAUGCCAAAUUGGGAAGAGAUCACUCAUGGCAGCAACUGAUCUUUCAUCUGCGGGAUUCACAGGUGUAACUGAUAUUGCUGGAGGGUUUUCGGCAUGGUUACAGAGUGGCCUUCCUCUAGCAUAGGCUCUCUCUAAUAUACACACAGAUGCAUCUUUGUAUGUUGCAUAAUGGUUAUCCUACUUUCUCAUGGACUGUGUUGUUGGCAAGAGUAUCAAGCUAGAUUUCCAACCCACUUUCUAGUCUUUGAGUUCAUAUAUUAUUCACUAAUAAAUAGAGGUGAAACUGAUAAGUCCAUUCACCUAAUAUAUCAAAUAUUACAGAAAUCAACCGCAUAUAAGAACUCUGAAUAUAUGGACCUUUCUCUUCGUCCAAGUUUUAUGUGGGCAAGUGAAAAAUAUUCAAUUGCUUGGUAUUAAUCUUAUCUUUAUCCAAAUUUAAAGUGGCAAA